AUGAAACCAUCAUCUGCAUUACAUCUACGUAUAAACAAAUCAAGAAAUCUCAGUACUAAAGCUGAUGCCAUAGUGGCCAGAAAACACACAAAUGAUAAAAAUAAACAGUUAGAAGCUGCAAUAAAUUGGUGCAAAAAAUUUAAUGGAAGGGGACAAGCAGCAUUAAAGACAGGUUUGUUUCCCCUUAUUAAAGAUAGAGAGACAAUCAACAGGCGAUUAGAUGGAAAAGUGAUUAAUGGAAAAGAAAGAGAUUAUUGUACUAUACUUACAGAUGAUGAAGAAGCAUCUAUUGUGCGUUUUAUAAAAAAUAAGAACAGAUGUUUACAGGCAACUAACAAACAGGACAUAACCAAAUUAAUUAUUAAUGUGCUUCGUGUGAGAGAUUACACUAAUACAAAAAUAAAAGGUGGACGGAAGUUUAAAAAGUUAUCAUUAAAUGCUCGAGCUGCUCUAGAAAAGGGAAAAUUGAGUCGAUCAUUUUGGCUUCGUUUUAAUGCUAAACAUAGCAGCCUUACAAUCAAACGCCAAGGGAGUGUCUCGAUAAACCGUGCACUUAAUUGUUCAAGAGAAAUGGCAUGUAAUCAUUUAGAUUCCCUUGCUAAAGAACUAGUAGAUGUUGGUAUUAUGAUAAAUGAAAAAAUGAUUGAAACAGGGGUUUGGAAUGGCACUGUUGAUACAUGCCGAAUAUUUAAUUGUGAUGAAACACCCCAGUUUAUUAAUUAUGGAAUUGAUGGUACCACUUCUGGAUUAUUUUAUGCUGGCAAAGGAGAUGCAUGUCAAAGAAUGUAUAGAGAAAACAGAGAAUGUGUCACAAUUCAACCAUUUGUUUCAUUUUCAGGCGACAUAUGUAUGUGUCAGGUAAUAUUUAAAUGUACUGGUAUUACUAGUUCUAUGGUUCCAACAGAAGCAGUAAAUAAAAUUCCCCAUUUGUUGGUCACAACUACAGAUAAUGGAGUAUCAACCCAUGAAUCUUUCUUGGCAGCAUUGAAAGAGUUUGAUGUCUACUUAAAUGAAAAAAAUGUUAAGCGACCCAUCGUCUUAUUAUCAGAUGGACAUAGCUCUAGACUAGACUUUGAUGUAUUAUCUUUUUUGGAGUCCAAAAGAAUUCAUCUUUUUCUUACUCCACCAGACACAACAGGAGUUACUCAACUUCUUGACCAAGUAAACAAGAACAUUCAUAGUGAGUAUCGUAAGCAAAAAGACUCUAUGUUUUCUGAUAUCUGUUCCUUAAACAAAGAAGCUUUUAUGUUAGUUUUAGCUAAUAUAUGGGACAAGUGGACAACCAAAGAAACGCUUGUAAAAUCUGCUAAAAGGGUUGGUGUUGCCGAAAAUGCAUUGAGUGUUGAUUUUAUGCAAAAAGACAAAUUCGAACGAGCAGAAAACUGUAUUGAACCAGAAAAACAGACUUCUCCACUAAUUUCUUCGCCGGAUAAAAGACGUGGUUCAGCAAAUUAUUGAAAAUCAAAAUUUGAACAAGCGAUGGAGUUGAUUGAUGAACUUCAUGAAAAGAGCAUUCAGCUGGAAGAAAUACCUGGUUUUAUGACAACCAAAAAGAUAAAGCCAAAAUUAACAAAAGAUGCAACACGUGUUACCCAAGUACAUGGAUCAAUGACUGCAAGCGAUGUAAUAACUCUAGUUGAAAGCAUAAAAAGAAAAAAAGAAAAAGAAAAGGAAAAAAAAGAAAAUGCUGCAAAAAAGAAAGAGGAAGUUACAAGACUCUUUAUAACAUGUAAGCUUCAAUGCUAUUGCGAGGAGAUAAAAUGUAAAGCUUUUGGCUUAAAGCAGUGUCCAACCUGCCUCAAUAUAAUGCGGUCCAUUUGCAGCAAAGCAAACUGCAAAGUAAAUGGAAAAAACCCAGAAAUGAUUUUAUCUGCAGCUGCUAGAAAGAAAUAACUGUGAUAUUCAAAAUCUUUUUUAUUGAAUGAACUAUUUGUUUUAAAUUUGUUGUAAAGACUUGUUCUGGAUAAACU